GGCCCCGGCCCCGGCCCCGGCCCGGACGCCCCCGACCCCGGCCCGGCCGCCCGGCCGCCCGGACGCCGCCGCGCCAUGGGCUGCUGGAGGUAGAUGGGCCCCGCGCCGCCCGCAGCAGCCGCGGCCGAGCCCAGCCGCCGAGGGGCCGCGCGCCCCUGCGAGCCCCGGGCCCCGCCAUGGGGAGCCGGGCGGGAGGCCGCCGCCGCCGCGUCGGAGCCACGAUGACCGCGGGCGUCCUCGUCCUGCUUGGAUCCCUCAGCACCAUCGCAGCUCAGCCGGAGCCGAGAGCCCCCGGCCUCGUCGGCACGUACCGCCACCUCGACCGUGCCACGGGCCAGGUGCUAACCUGUGACAAGUGUCCAGCGGGAACCUAUGUCUCCGAGCACUGCACCAACACGAGCCUGCGCGUGUGCGCCCGCUGUCCCCCGGGGACGUUCACCAGGCACGAGAACGGCAUCGAGAGGUGCCAUGACUGUAGCCAGCCGUGCCCGUGGCCCAUGGUGGAGAAAUCACCUUGCGCUGCCUUGACCGACCGAGAGUGCGCUUGCCCGCCCGGCACGUUCCAGUCGAACGGUACCUGCGCCCCCCACACCGUGUGUCCCGUGGGCUGGGGGGUGCGGAAGAAGGGGACGGACUACGAGGACGUGCGGUGCAAGCAGUGCGCUCGGGGUACCUUCUCUGAUGUGCCUUCUACCGUGAUGAAAUGUAAAGCCUACACAGACUGCCUGAGUCAGAACCUGGUGGUCAUCCAGCCGGGGACCAAGGAGGCAGACAACGUCUGCGGCCCGCGCCCUUCCUUCUCCAGCACGGCCUCGCCCCCUCCCGGCACCGCCGCCGCCUCCGCCGCCUCCUCGCACUCGCGCUCGGGGGACGCGGCGCCCCUGGAAGUCCUUUCCUCCACUCACGCUCCCAAAGGCAUGAACUCCACAGACUUCAACGCUUCUGCCUCCGUUAGACCAAAGGUACCAACUGGCAUCCAGGAAGGGAAGGGAGGGAAGGUCCCCGACAACGCGAGCUCAGCCAGCAGGGAGGAAGGCGGGAACAAGACCCUCCCGGCCCUCCAGGUGGUCCCCCACCAGCAAGGCCCCCACCACAGACACAUCCUGAAGCUGCUGCCGUCGGCCAUGGAGGCCACCGGGGGCGAGAAGUCCAGCACGCCCGUGAAGGGUCCCAAGAGGGCCCCCCCCAGGCAGAACCUCCACAGGCACUUCGACAUCAACGAGCACCUGCCCUGGAUGAUCGUCCUCUUCCUGCUGCUGGUGCUCGUGGUGAUCGUCGUGUGCAGCGUCCGCAAGAGCUCCCGGACGCUCAAGAAGGGGCCCCGGCAGGACCCCAGCGCCAUCGUGGAGAAGGCCGGCCUGAAGAAGUCGGCGACUCCCACCCAGAACCGGGAGAAGUGGAUCUACUACUGCAACGGCCACGGCAUCGACAUCCUGAAGCUCGUAGCUGCCCAGGUGGGAAGCCAGUGGAAGGAUAUCUAUCAGUUUCUGUGCAACGCCAGCGAGAGGGAGGUGGCCGCUUUCUCCAACGGCUACACCGCGGACCACGAGCGCGCGUACGCGGCCCUGCAGCACUGGACCAUCCGGGGCCCCGAGGCCAGCCUCGCCCAGCUCAUCAGCGCCCUGCGCCAGCACCGGCGCAACGAUGUCGUGGAGAAGAUCCGCGGGCUCAUGGAAGACACCACCCAGUUGGAAACAGACAAACUGGCUCUCCCAAUGAGCCCCGGCCCGCUCAGCCCCAGCCCCAGCCCCAGCCCCAACACGAAGCUUGAGAACUCCGCCCUCCUGACUGUGGAGCCCUCCCCGCUGGACAAGAACAAGGGCUUCUUCGUGGACGAGUCCGAGCCCCUCCUUCGCUGCGACUCCACAUCUAGCGGCUCCUCGGCUCUCAGCAGGACCGGCUCCUUUAUUACCAAAGAGAAGAAGGACACAGUGUUGCGGCAGGUGCGGCUGGACCCCUGUGACCUGCAGCCCAUCUUCGACGACAUGCUCCACAUUCUGAACCCCGAGGAGCUGCGCGUCAUCGAGGAGAUCCCCCAGGCCGAGGACAAACUGGACCGGCUCUUCGAGAUCAUCGGCGUCAAGAGUCAAGAAGCCAGUCAGAGCCUGCUGGAUUCCGUGUACAGCCAUCUCCCCGACCUGCUGUAGACCGCACAGACACGCAUUCUGCAGCCCACUUCGCGGCAGGGUGCUUUUUCUUGCGUUCCCCUCCCCCUUUUAAAUGCGCGUCUGGGUGUGUGUAUGUGUUUAACAGAAUAUAUGGCCAGUGCUUGAGUUCUUUCUUUUCCUGGUUCUUUUCUUGGCUCCUUUCCCUUCCCUUCUUUUCCUUACGGGAAGUUAGUUUUAUAAGCCUUUUCAAGACUUAACUGUUGCAGAAUACCCACCACUCCAGUUGCUAAGCUUCAUAUUUUCUGUUUCUGCCUUCUCCUUAUGUAUUUUCAAGAUUGUUCUGUGCACUUUAACUCCACUUAGCUUGCCCUCAGUGCAGUGUGAUUGUCGCACACACUGGAUGGUGGUUGGGGCUCUUAUUAACUCCUUCAAAGUGUAAUGGCAUCUUGUGAAUCCUAUAAGCAUCCUGUCUUUCAACAUCCAUCCAUACUUGCUUUUUUGUUGUUGUUUUAAAUAAGACCCUUCAUGUUAUUAUUUGUCCUUUACAAAUGUUCUUAAGGAUUAAGCAGAUGGAUGACCCUGUUAAGUUACUGUCAUGCACUUAGGUGUUGAGUUACCUUUCGAUAUGCCUUGUCUAAACUUCAUACUCAUGGCUGACACUUGACACACUUGCUGAUUGUAUGGUUUUUCACUGUGUAGAAUGCUUGACUACUUGUGCUCUUCUUACCGCUAAUACGCUCUGGGCUGGUGACAUGAAAUAUCCUUAAGCCAUCAGGACUUACUUGCUAUUUCAGUGGCUUGACACCUGGGCCACCAAAGAACUUGAACUUCACCUUUUAGGGAUUGAGUUGUUCCGGAACUACUGCUGCACUUUGGAAAGACAAAACCGUGUGCCAGUGGCACCUUUUCCCAUAGAAAACUUGCCCAGCUUUGCUUUCCCAGAUGUCUUUGUUUUAUACACACUUAGCCAAUAGGUCUCUGCCUGCCCUCAAGGCCUUGCUGGGUUUCCUUCAUCACUCAAUCACUUUAAUUAAAAAUGGCUGCGGCUGUAAGAACUCUUGUCUGAUAUAUUUGCAACUAUGUUCCCAUUUAUGAACCUACCCGCCAAAGCUCAGUCGUCAGAUUCUAAUACAAAGAUGGGGCAGAUUCGCUUGGUGUGAGCGGGGCUUUGUGGGUAAUCCUAAGGAACUGAUCGUCAGAAAAUGCCUUCAAGUGUACUAAUUUAUUAAUAAAUAUUAGGUGUUUGUUA